AGAAACCGACAGGGUUUUUUGGCAGGGAUGGGCCACAUGAUCCCACAGCCUGCGGCCGUCGGGGGAGCCGCGGAGACCCGCCGCUUUUAACCCGGGGACGGCUCCGCGGCCAGCCAGCGCCCCAAGAAGCCGCCGCCGUCCCGGCGCCUCGCCGCGGCGACCGCUGAACUCCCGCCCCGCCCCGCGGGCGGCGGGGACAAGAUGUCCGCCGGGGCGGCUCUUCCGCCGCCGGAGAUGGCGGGGCGGGGGAGCCCUCACGGCCUUUCCGGAGCCGGGGGAGGCUGCGCCGCUGGCCCGAGCGGCACUGGGCUGAGCUCCGGGGCGCUGGAAGCGGAGCCGAGUGGGGAGGGCGGCGGCGGCGGCAGCAGCAGCCGCUGCCCUCCCGGCAGCCCGCCCGCCGCCGCCAUGAAGAGCGAGCCUCUGGCCUGGUCGCCGGUCUCGGCCCAGGCGGCUUCGCUGCUGGAGGAGGCGGCGGACUUGCUGGUGCUGCAUCGGGACUUUGCCGCCGCCGUGGAGAGGUGCGAGGCGGGUUGCGACAGCCUGGGCCCCGGGACCGGCCCCAGCCCCGAGAGUUCUGCAGAAGUGAAAUGCUCCCUUUGUGUUGUGGGGAUUCAGGCGCUGGCUGAGAUGAACCGGUGGCGAGAAGUUCUGUCUUGGGUCCUACAAUAUUACCAUGUCCCUGAACAUCUGCCUCCAAAAGUUCUGGAGCUGUGUAUCCUGUUAUACAGCAAAGUGAGGGAGCCCCAGGUGAUGCUGGAGGUUGGCAGUAGCUGGCUGAGAGACCAAACCAAUAAGAGCCUCCCCGAGUACGGUUCAUUGCUGGAGCUCUAUCUGUCGCAUGUGUUGCUUCCGCUUGGCCGGUUUGAGGGGGCAGAAGAGCUUGUACGUGGCUGUGAUGUUUUUGACAGCGAGCAGCAGCUAGCAUUUCUCGGGACCAUUUGUGAAAGCCGCUGUCAGUGGUCUCAACGGGAAGAGAUGCACUCGGCUGCUGAAGAGCAGCAAGAUGGAGCAACAGAAACUGUUUUGGGUGCUCUGUCCCAAAAGCUCUUGACCAUGUUGACAUUGCUACGUAGAGCCCUAAGGUCCAUGUCUAGCCACUUCUGUUUACUUCCUUACAAAAAGAUGCUCUUGGCUACUUUUCUGCUAUACCUGGUGGUGGUGAGAUUAGACCCAGCUUCUCCCACAUCACUGCCAUUCAUUUACAAACUGGUCCAGCUCUUCCGACAGGCAUGGGCAGCUGUUUUUUCUCCAAUUCAUAGGCCUCCAAUUCAAGACUAAGUGUCCUCCAUCACAGAAUGUGUUUUUCUCUGCUUCUGUAAACCUGUCAGCUUGUCUUGAGGAUGUUAUCUGGCUCUUCAAGGACUGUUGAAAUCGGUGUCCUAAUUAAGAUGACCACCUGUGAACUCCUGUGUUGGUGAUAUGUUCAUUUCUUCAGAGGGGGAAUGGUGGUGUUGCGAAUUUUGAAACCACGCCAAGUAUUCCUGACAUUUUAUUUGGCUCUGCAGCACCAUUCUGUCCAACAUCAGGGUGAAAGCAUUCCUCCUGUAAUCUACAACUGAGUAAGAAUCCUCCCUUUCAAACACUUUGCUUUGGAUGUAGCUCUUGAUUGAGGAAUGUGUAGCCAGUGAUGAACUCUGAAGGAAGGCUCCAUCCUUGCAAAUGCUGGGCAGUUCUCUGACAAGUGAAAUAGUGUUCUUGGAAGCAUGACUGUAAAAGGCAAUGGAGUACCAAUAAUUCGGGGAAUAUACUGGUUUGCCUGAAGGCAUGUGAAAAGCCCAGUUCCUGCAGCAUGGGAUUUAGGACAAGUACAUGGAAGCAAAAACACUGGAGAAAAUGAAGCCUAUUGCAUUUUGAUGGCCAUGGUUUCUCUUGUGACUGAUGCUUCCUCCUACAGGCACUCUUGAUUUUAGUCUUAUUUAAGCCAGAAAGCCAAGGUGGUGGGCUACAGAGACUAUUGUGCUUCAUCUACUCUUCUUAAAUGCAAAUUACAGCACUUUGUGCUUGCCUAAUGCAUAGUAAUUCUUAGGAGCACUUGGUGGUGGUAAGGUAAUCAGAUUUAUUUUUUUAAACUGUAUUCUGUAUUACUGUCUAGUAGAACAACUGAAGUUGUUGCAUUGUUUUAUACUUUCCCUACCUCUUGCUUUGUUUAUGUAGAUGUCAAAAAGUUUCCAUAUGUCUAGAAUUGCCCUCCCUGCCCCCAAUAUCUAAAGUCCUGGGUUACAUGGCAGCCAUUUAGCAGUCCUCUAUCACUGAGAACAAAAGUUUAUUAAUAGCUAGAAAGACAUACUUUUCUGAGAUCCCAAAACCUCCCCCAGAUCCGUGGCAAGAAAAUUACUAUCUUUGUAGAAGAUCUGUCACCAGACUGACCCCAUUUCCGACCACUUGAGGCAGAAAUUGGAGCUUUGGGGUAGAACAUUAAUUUAUUCUCCAUUCCCCACUUAUCAUUGAUUGACAAAGGGUGAGUCCCAAAGGAGAGAGCACUUGCUCUUGUAUUGCCUUCAGUGGAGCAAACUUGUGCACUGGAGAGAACAAGUUAAAGGCAAGGAGCCUUUGUGGCAAACAAGUAGCCUGCCAUCCCAACAUCUGUGCCAAAAAGAUUCAAGCUGACGUCAGCCCAAGCCACAAAAUGUUGAACAAAGCGGCCUUUUCAGUGGGCAAAUUCUAGCCAACAGUCCCAACCUGUAAAAAGUAGCCAAUAUAGAUUCUACUGUGGUGUCUUAUAAGAGUUUUCCCCUUCAGGCUGUUCCUUUGUCUCCAGCAGUAGCCAUACACUGAGGUGGUGGCUAUUUGUUUCCUUGAUGACAGCCUGUUGGUGCCUUCAAACUGUGUGCAAUCUGCUGCUUUGCUAUCUAUCAAGAUGCUUUGCAAACAGUCUGCAUCUUCACUGCUAAAAACAGUUCUGUGUCUAUUUCUUCUUGGAUUAUCCCAGUAGAGAAAUACUCCCAUAUUAGUGUCAGAUAAAGCGGGGCAGGUCGUUCAUGAUGCAGUAAUGACCUUGCCUAGCUGUCUCAGAGGAAAAACCGAAACAAUCCCAUAUCCCUCUCCAAAGUUUUUGUCUCUGCUAGGGCUUUACAUCAGGAUAAAUAGCACAUAAUGCUUCACCAUAUAAAAAAGUUAUUUCUUUUAUACUCUAUACAUAUGGGGAAGAGCUGCUAGGGGGUUCUUUGAAUCCAACUAUAAGUGUAGUUACAACUCUGCAACCAACAGUUGGUGGGAAACUAACUACAAUAAAACCUAGAAGCUCUUUCUGGAGUUGAGCUCUUUGAAGAAAUGAGUAGGUUGUAUCUGCUGGCCCCCUACUUUGCAAGGCUUCACUUUAAGUACUGUGUAAGCCAGUUAAUGAAAUAGCAAACUGCACUCUGAAGUCAGGCCAAACUCUCACCAAAUUGACUGUUAGGUAACAAGCGUUUUUUGCUCCAGUUUUCUAUCAGCGUUUUUAGUUAGAUGGCAGAGCUGCAUUUUGGGGGUUGGGACCAGUGGUCUGGGCAGGCCAUACAUUAUGUUUAGAAUGCUGUUAAAUGCCCUAGCCAUUAAUUUACCAGGACUUUAACAUUCCACUUGAUUUUAUGUGUAUGUUGGUAACCUUCACUUUGAGUACUACUGAUUUUGCAUUUGUAUUGUAUUUAUUGUUUAAUUAUAUACAAUACAUAGUAUUGUAUUCUUCAUGAGAGGGCAAGAAGACAGAAACAUGCUAUCAGGGUUUUUAUUUCUCAGUUAGUACUAAAACUGCAAUAUUUAACUUUCACAGUAAAGUGACUACUGAUUUACCUCUUUGUAGAGUUGCUUAUUUGUGCUGUGAUUAAGUAUAUGAAAACUUUUACAUUUAAUAUAUUGAUACUCCACAGUUUUCAAACAAUUUCUGGAAAUAUUUCAAUACAUGUCCUUAUUGUACAGGCAUAUUUGAAUUAAGUACAGGACUUCUUCAGUGUGAAUCUGAUGAGAUAUAAUUAACUGAUGAUGUUGGUAGGGUAUAUAUGUCUGCAUUUUCAUAGGAGUUCAGAGAAUGGUAAUUUCUGUGAAAGAUCCAGUUCUGGGUUUUUUUUUUAAUAUGUGUCUCUGUGUACCUUGAGAGGGCCAAGACCAGUACUACCAAGAAUAAAGUACCUGGUAUUUAUCUUUC